AUGACGGCGAGGAGCUCUUAUACUGAACUUCAAAACAUCACCAAAGAACUUGUCAGGUCAUCACUCCCCCAUCUACCUCCAGCCCCGGGGUAUGAGGGGGAUUUUUCUUUCUCCAAGCAAGUUGAAAUCUGGAAACGUUGGAUACAGUGGGAAAAAGACGAUCCUCUGGUUCUCAAAGAAGAGGACUUGGCUAGCUACAAGCAACGAGUUCUAUACGUCUACAAGCAAGCACUUAUGGCCUUACGAUUUGUGCCAGAGGUGUUUUUCGAUACCGCGGAUUUCUGUUUCCAAAAUAACAUGGAAACCGAAGGAAAUGACUUUUUAAAGCAAGGUAUAGAAGCGAACCCGGAGAGCUGUCUCCUUGCCUUUAAACGUGCCGAUCGACUUGAGUUAUCCUCAGUUUCGGAACAGGACCCUAAGAAACGUGGUACCCUUGUCAGAGAGCCUUACGACAAGUUGCUUGACGCACUGUAUGAAUUAAUAGCCCAGGUGCGAGCUCAGGAGGCAACGGAUAUUGCCAAGCUCGAGGAACAAGCUGCACAGGCAGAACCCGAGCAGCCAAGUCAGCUCGAAAAUGAUGAUGAUGACGACGAAACGGAAAACCGGCCAACUCAGGAAAGUGCCAAAGCGAAGGAGAUUGAGUCGGUGAAAAAAGAUUACACCGCGAAAGUCGGCGUUCUAUCCAAGGCCAUAUCCUUUGUCUGGAUUGCGUUGAUGAGGGCAAUGCGCCGUAUCCAAGGGAAAGGCAAGCCUGGUGAGAUUGCCGGAUCCCGUCAGAUAUUCGCCGAUGCGCGUAAACGUGGGCGUAUCACCAGUGAUGUUUAUAUUGCCAGUGCCUUGUUGGAAUACCACUGUUACAAGGACCCUGCCGCAACCAAAAUUUUUGAGAGAGGAGCAAAGCUCUUCCCAGAAGAUGAAGUAUUUGCUUUGGAGUAUCUCAAGCAUCUGAUUGAUAUUAAUGAUAUUACGAGUAUGUUAACUUUCGCAUCAUCUCUGUGA